GACCCAAUGCGUAGUGGAAACUCAUUCAGAUUAGUGUACUAGUUGAAGCAGAGCAGCCAUGAUGCUAACCUGUUCCACUGCUUUCUUGUUACUCUUCAUUGUUCCCUCUACAUUUCCAUCUACACCUGCAAGCAUCGAGGCUGAUAUAGUGCAAGUGAAAUAUCCAAGACACCCAGUAAGGAGAACAGAGGGACAGUCAUUGACUCUCAGCUGCAGAGCAGAGUAUAAGGAAGAAUCUUGUGGAAGCAUCUCAGUCAAGUGGUGUCUUUGGAUUCAACAAAAUACCUGUAAGCCACUUACUGACCCAGACAGAUACUUAUUCAGUAUCAAUGAGACUAUAAUCAGCGGCAAAACCGUGUUCAGGCACCGAGAUGCUUUUGUUACAUUUAUACAGCUGAGUCUCAGAGACACCGGCUUGUAUCAGUGUAAUGCUGAAUGUCAGUCCACUAGAUCCACAGCUAUGGGACAUCUCAUCAACGUCACUGUAACAGGACAGGAUUCGACAAUGAAAACAAUCUUCAAAGGCGAGAUUAAUAACGGUCUGAACUCUCUUAACCAGAAUGAGCGAUGCAGCGUGGAUCUGUUUCUUCUGGCAAUCAACAUCUUCAUCCUUUUAUGGAUCUAUACACUGUGAUCACUUCAUCGUCUUGGUACAGGAAAUGCAGUAAAUAAUAAAACUUUAUUAUUAUAAUCAUA